AUGUCGAAAGAAACUAACAGCGGUAAUGAUAUUAAUCAACAGAUCAUCAAUCCAAAGCUUACAUCUCAAACAAUAUACUUCUAUAUUUUACGCAAUACAACAGUAGAUGAAAAAUUUAAAAUUAAAGCUUAUUUUAACAAUGAUAUUAAAUAUACGUUUAAUCGAGCAGAAGUAUUCGAUGAAAAGAAAAAUAAUAGUCCUUAUAUUUAUUGUUUUGAAUUGGAUUUAAUUAUUGAUGAACAAGAUCAUUUAUAUAUCCAUUAUCAAAAUGAUUUAUUACCAAUUGAGAAUUAUCGAUUACGUCUAUCACGUAAAAUUCCUCAAACUGACAGAACAUUUCGUGAUUACAACGACGAUACAUUUCGAUCUAUCGAUAAUCCUCGUUCUACUAAACAUUAUUUUCUAUUCAAUGUUAAUUUUGCUAAAAAUUUUGUUGAUAGUCCUCCCGGUGAAAAUGUUCCUUUUUGGAGUCAAUUAUGUUUAUAUACAUAUUAUAUUCUUCAUCAUCAAAUGUUUGAUCAUUUUAAUGCGUUAAUCGAUCAAUUUCAAAAAGUUGUUCAAGAAACUAAUCGUUCAUUAAUACGUGAAGAAUUUAAUGAUUUUUUUCAAAGUUGUAUAACUCAUUUAUCUUAUGCAAUACCUCCUUCAACAAAUCAACAUAUUGCUGAAAAAAUUAUUAUUCGUAUGACAGGACUUUUACCAAUAACAAAAGUAAAUUUUGAUUUAAGCAGUCAUUUUGUUGUAAAUUUUACAUUAGCAUUAAUUGAUGAUAUAAAAGAACAUUAUGAUAAUCUAUUUGCAACAGUUUCACUAAGUGAUUGGCCUUUAUUUCGUGAUGGUCUAACACUAUAUCUCGCAAUUGAAUUACUAUCUAAACCAAAAGAUACUAUAGAAUUAGUUCAUCAAAUGAAAAAUGAACAAUAUAAAAAAGAUCUAGCUAAUAUAUUAUUAAAACGACUUGAAUCAUUAGGAAGACCAGUUUUAGGUUUAAAUUGGACAAGUAUAUUUACAACUGUUGAUUCAAAUAUUCUUACAUUGAAACAACUUGAAUUAACACGAUCAAUAAAAACAUAUGUAACGUCAUUAGUACAAAUUGUUGGAAUGAAUAUUAGUGAAAUGGAACUUAGUGAUAAAAUAAUUCGUCAUUUCGAUCGUCUUAUAUAUGAAGAUUGUUUACCUGUUGAUCUUGAAAGUAUCAUAUUUUUAAUUAAGUUUUUACAAAUGGAAUCCUUAGAAACUGAAGAAACAUCAAAAAAUAUUUUAAAAACUGUUAAUACAGCUAUUGAAUCAAGUAUACAAUUACGUACAAAAGUCAAACAAUAUUUAUAUGCAUUAAAAAUAACAAAUGAACAAUUUAAAGAUAUUCGUUUUAUUAUUUCAUCUAUAGAAACAUCAUUUAUUUUAUUUUUAGUUAAUAAAAGAACUUUAUUAAUUCAUUUAAUGAAUCAUGCAAAUGCAUCAUAUUCAUAUGAAUUUUUUAAACAAUGGUUUUGUUCAUUUUUAUUAUUUAAUGAUGAAAUCAAUGAUCGUAAUAACAAAACUUAUCAAGAUUUACUUGAAGAUUGGUCUAAUAAAAUUUGUAAAUCUUAUGAAAUAAUGAUAACAAUAAUGAUGGAUAUUGAUCAUUUAAUUAAUGCAUUUGAAAAUGAACAAUAUCAAUUAAUUUUUAUUCAUCAUAUGGUGAAUUUGUGUUUUCAACAAGAAUCUAUUUAUCAUAUUAUAUCUGAUGGAUUAUUAAAUCUCAAUAAUGAAUUAUUUAUUGAUCAAUUUGAAAAGACGUUUGCAUCAACCCAAUUAAAUAUAUCUCAAGAUAAAUUAAAACAAUUAUCUAAUCGUGAAAAUCCAUUAUAUCAUUUAAUUAAUAUUGAUAAACAAAUUCAAGGUAAAAGUAAAUUAAUUAAUGAUUUAAUUCAACUUACAGCAAAUAAAAUUCAAUUUAAUGUCGAUGAAAUUUUACGAGAUACAUUUGAAAGACCAACUCGUACAACAUGUAUCUAUGCAAUUUUAUUUGAAGAUUGUUUUAAAAGUUCAAAAUUACGACAAAUAAUAAUUGAUCAAUUACUUGCAUUAUGGAAUACAUGGGAAGAAAAAGGUUUUCGUGCAAGUCAAAUAUUAGGAUGGAAAAAAUUUUCUAAUGAAGAACGUCAAAUUGUUUAUCGUAUUUGGAAUUAUAUUGGUGAAACAGCGAAAAAACAAUAUCAAAUAGAUGCAUUAAUUGAUAGACAACGACGUGAAAUGGAUGAAAAAAUUCAAAUAAAAGAAAGAAUUACAAAAUGUUUAGACACUUAUUGUCAAAAUGCUUUUGAUAAACAAUUAUAUCUUGAACUUCUAUCGGAAAUGGAAACAAAAUUACAGUCUGACAUAGUUCGUUCAAUAACAAUUCCAAAUCAAAUUAAAUUAUUUUUACCACUUGUUGAUCGUCUUAAUUCAUUAGAAAAAUUAAAUGCUUGGGAAACAUUUUUAGCUCAAACUCGAAAACGUAGUCAAAAUAAUUCACCUACAACUACAGAUAUACAUCCAUCUGAUAUUAUUGAUGGUGAAUCAUUGUUAUCUGAUAAUAAACGUACAACAGAAGCAGAUUCAUCAUUACAUACUUCUCAUAGUUCUAUAAGUACUUCAAUAUUAACUGACUCAAAUGAAGAUAUACCAUUGGAUCAACGGUCAUGUGUUGAAAUAUUAACUGAAUAUAUCGAAAUUCUUGAUAUGUUUAUUGAUCGUUUAAAAACAAUUUGUUCUGAAUGGAGACUUUUACCUAUAUCUGAAAUACUUAAUUUAUUUCCUGAUAUUCAAUAUGUAGAUCAUGAUUUUGAAAUUCUUAAGCCAUUAUUAAGAUCUGAUGCUACAGAAAAGAUUAAAUCAAUAUUAGAUUAUUGGAAAAAUCGUGAUAAUAUUAAUCAUAUAUGUCAUGGUUAUAUUAAUCUAAUAAGUAAUAUAGAAAAAUCUUCUGAUAAGAAUUGUGAAUUAUUUAAAAAAAUUACUGAAAUUAAUUAUCAAACACAAGGUUUACAAUGUUUUAUGCGUUAUAAACAUUUUUCAAGAGAAUUUCUUCAACAUCAUUCCAAAGAAUUCCUUGAUCUUAUUGCUCAAUAUAGUUUAUCAAAUGAAUUAAUUACAUUUUUAAAUCUUCUUGCAUCAAGUGAUGUUGACAAUUUACUUCAAGCUGUUAAUGAUUGGGAUGAAACAUUAAUAAAUACCAAAACAGUAUUAGAUUUUGUAAUGCUUAAAAGAUUUUUUGUUCGAUUUAAUAAUGAAAUAAGUUUAAUAAGAAACAAUACAUCUGUAUUUAAUAUUGAACAAAUUGAAAUAGCUUUUCAAAGAGCAUUUGAUGACGAACAAUUUAAAAAUAUAUUUAAUUGUUUUCAAGCAUGUUCAGCAUCAUUAACAAGCAUUAAACGUAUACAUUUAGAAUUAACUGAUAAAGAAUUAUCAAAACGAAAACGUAUAUCUGAUUUAAUGCAAAAUAUAAAAUUUGGUUUUAUUGAAGAAAACAAUAAAUUUGAUAUUAACGUAGAACCUCAAUCAAUGUGUUUUAAUGAUUUAAGUGAAUUACGUGAUCGAGCAAGACUAAUUGAAUAUUCAACAAAUAAUAAUAAUAAAUUUUCAAUUGAUUCUCAACAUGAUGUAAAAGAACUUCAUUCAUUUGUAACAUUUGUUGAAAUAGUUGAGAAAAUUUUAAAAAACUUUUCAUUAUUAAAUAUAGCUGGUCAUCCAUCUAUAAUUAAUUAUCUUUUACCAAAAAAAUCAUUUACAUGCAUUAAUACUGAUUAUCAAGAAUUAGUUGAAUUUAGUUUAAUGCUUGAUGAUCUUCUUUCUGAUUGGGAUAUAUAUCUAUGUAAAAUGUAUGAAAAACAUAUUGAUUUAACUUAUUUUUCAUAUCAACAAAUUUGGAUUAUUGAAGAUUAUUUAUAUAAUCAAAUACAACAUUCAAAAACAAAUCAUGCUGGUUAUCAUUUAUUACAAUAUAUUGGUAUAGAACCAGAAACAAUUCAUGCUGAAUAUUUACCAAUAAAAUCUGAAAAUCCAACUGAACGUUUAGAAAAUAUUGGAAAAAUUUUAACAGCACAACGAAUAAAUUCAAAUUUAAUAAUUAAACAAGAAAAUCGUAUUAUUAAAAAAGUUUAUUUAGUUGAAACAUCUGAUGAAGGUAUUUUACGAGCAAUACUUUCAUUAUUUAAAAAUCUUUAUACAUCAAUGGCUGUUAAUCAUUUAUUUUAUUGUACAGAAGAAACUAGUUGGACAGAAAUUCGUGCAUUUACUUAUCGUUGUUUUUAUUCUCAAACAUUACAUCAAUUAAUUCGACCUGAAUUAUUAUCAACAUCAAUUCAAGAUUAUUUCACACGUUUAUUAAGACAAUUAAUUGAACAUCAUCCAGAACAUUAUUUUCGUCUUGCAAUUAUAACAAAUGUAUCAACGACACAUUUACAAUUAAUAAAUGGUUUAAGAACACUUCAAAUUGUUCAUACUGUUCAUGAUCAAGAUAUGUUAAAUAAAAAUGAUUUAAAAGAAAUUAUUAAAGAACUUAUUGAUGAAAAUUGUACAUUAGUUACAUCAAGAAUAAAUGGUUUAGGAAAAACUUAUUUAAUAAGAAAUGAAAUUGAAAAAAAACAGAAAAUUUGUAUUAAAUUUCCUAUUAGUGGAGAUAUGGAUGUUGAUGUUAUUGCAGAACGUUUACGUGAUUAUGGAAAUGAAUUAACGUCAUCAAAAUCCGCUUUACAUAUUGAUAUUGGAGUUGUUAAUAAUACAAAACAACUUAAUGAACUUCUUUAUUGUCUUUUACUUUUUCGAAGUUUUCGUCUAAAACAUGUAGCUGUUCAUGUACCUAUUGAUGUACCAAUUUAUAUUGAACUUGAUUCAUCUCCUUAUUCAACGAAUUUACAAGAUAAAAUUGUUCUAUUUAAAUUUAUGAAUUCAAAAUAUAUUGAUCAUAUAGACUGGAAGGAUUUUGUAAUCGAUCACUCAUCGACUAUUCAAUUAGUUGUUAAUUAUCUUCAAGCAAUAAAAGAUAAAACAAUUCUAAAAAGUAAUAUAACUGAAGAAACAUUAACUAAUAUCGAUCGAUCUACUUGUAUUAAUCUAUUAAAAGAAACAUUCUUACAAAAGAAAAAUCCAGAAUUUGUAACUUGGACACAAUUAUCAAUAUUUAUAUCUGUUUAUUAUAGUUUAUUUUCUGGUUUUUCACGUUGUGGUUUUUUUCUUAUUGAUGCUAUACCAAAUCCACAAUUACGUUUAGAUAUUCUUCAAACUUUACUACAAUCAUCAAAUCAAUUUACUUCAUUAUGUGUUGAAAAUGUACGAAAAAAUCAACGAUCUGUUAAUACAAAUGAAGCUAUUAUUCCAUUUAGUGAAGCUAUUGUUCGUUGGGAUAAAACUCAACCAUUUACAGUAGUUUUUUCGGCAGCAGAUAAUCCAAUAUUUGUUUAUAAAAAUCCAACUGAUGUUCCAUCAUCACUUGUUGAAGCAUUUCAAUUAUAUCAUGAAAUAACAACAGGAGAAAAGGAUCAACAAUUAAAUAAUUUUUUUCCUGAUUAUAGUAAAUUUACACAUAAAGAUUUUUUUCUAAAACUUGCUUCAUUAUCAAAAAAAUAUUUUAUUAAAUCAAUAUGUAUUAAUUGUUACAGACAAUAUGAUUAUAAUCAAACACAAUGUAUUGAAUGUGAAACACAUGGACUUUUAGUGCGUCCGAUUUCUUCGAAAACUGCAGAUAUUGAAAGUUUUCAAGAAUUUAUUGCUAAAAAGCUUCAACUAGAAUAUGUUUUAACACCAGAUAAUUAUAUUAAAAUGUUAUUAAUUUAUUUACGUGUAGAAAGUGGUCUUCCUGUAUUAAUUAUGGGUGAAACAGGUUGUGGAAAAACUGCCUUAAUACAAUUUUUAUGUAAAAAAAUUCUUGAUGAUGAAAUGGAAAUAUUUCGUAUUCAUGCUGGUGUUACAAGUGAACAAAUAAUAGAUAUGAUUCAUAAAUUUUCUCGACGAGCACAUGAAUGUCUUCUACAAAAUAAACGUUUAUGGGUUUUUCUUGAUGAAUUUAAUACUACAUCAAGUAUUGGUUUAAUUAAAGAAAUAACUUGUGAACGAACACUUCUUGGUGAACCAUUACCAGAUAAUAUGGUUUUAUUAGGUGCUUGUAAUCCUCAACGACGUAAAAAAAAUAAUAAAAUUUUUGAUAAUCAUAUUGGUAUCAAAAAAGAUCUUUAUGAAAUGCAACGUUUACAACAAGCUUCAGGUAUUUCACUAUUAUAUACAGUUGUACCAAUACCAGAAACUAUGCUUGAAUAUGUUUGGGAUUAUGGUUAUCUUGAUGAUGCUAUAGAAAAUAAAUAUAUUCGAACAAUGUUAUAUACAUGUGAAAAAUUAGACGAAAAUACUGAAUGGUUCAAUCUUAUUGUAAUAAUGCUUUCGAAAUCACAAAAAUUUUUUCGUGAUCAUGAAGAUGUUAGUAGUGUAUCAUUACGUGAUGUCGCACGUUUUUGUCGUCUUUAUAAUUGGUGUCGAAAAUCAAUCAUUGAACGUGAAGGUGCUGAAAAAUUUCUUAAUAAUGCAUCUGUUCUUAUUCGACGUUCAAGUUUAAUAGCUCUUCUACUUUGUUAUUAUUUUCGUCUUAAUUCACCAAUCGAUCGAAAAAAUUAUACGAAUCUAAUGGAAGAAAAUCUUCGAUCUCAUUUAACUAAUGUAUCAAAAGUUGAAAAUUUUUUAGUUAAAUUUCUUGAAAUUGAACAACAAAAAUUAAUUGAACGAAUGAAUUUACCAGUAGGUACAGCAAAAAAUCAUGCACUUAUGGAUAAUAUAUUUGUUCUUCUUGUUUGUAUUGUUAAUCGUAUACCUGUUAUUAUAUGUGGUAAACCAGGUUGUAGUAAAACAUCAGCUGUACAAAUUGUUAUAAGUAAUUUAAAAGGAAAAAAAUCAUCGGAUGAAUAUUUUCAAAAAUUACCAGAAUUAAUUACGGUUUCAUAUCAAGGUUCACAAAAUUGUACAUCAGAAAGUAUUAUAAAAGUCUUUCAACGUGCUGAUAAAUAUUUAGAUGUUAAAAGAGAUGCAGACAUUUUACCAGUGAUUGUUUUUGAUGAAAUUGGUUUAGCAGAAUUAUCACCACAUAAUCCAUUAAAAGUUUUACAUAGUAAACUUGAAGUUGAAACAUGUCAAUAUGGUUUUGUUGGUCUAUCAAAUUGGCGUCUUGAUGCAUCAAAAAUGAAUCGUACACUUUAUUUAUCAUGUCCUGAUCCUGAUGUAGCAGAUUUAAAAUUAACAGCUAAAAUUAUAUCAAAUUCCAUGAUUCCAUCUGAAGGUCAAAUAUUUCGAAUAGAUCCAUCAAUUAUAGCAACAUUAGCAACUUCAUAUUAUCAAUUAUAUGAAUUUUUAAAACUUCAAGAACAACAAAAAUAUGCAAAUUAUUUUGGUUUAAGAGAUUUUUAUUCAUUAAUAAAAGGUGUUGUUAAUGAUUUAAUUAAAACAGAAAAUAAUGAUGAACGAUAUAAAUGUAUUCGUCAACAAUUAAUUAUUAAUUUUGAUGGUAUUCUUGAUGGUUCACAAUUUAUGUGGAAUCGUUUUUGUGAACAAAUACAAAGUGAACAUUUAAUUGAACAAUAUAAAUCUCCUACAUUUAAAGAAUUACUUGAUUUAAGAUUAACAUCACGUCAAGGACGUUAUUUAAUGUUAAUUGCUGAAAAUGAAAGUGUUAUUGAUUAUGUUGAAAGAUAUAUUAUUGUUAAACAUCAACCACCACCUGUACGAACAUUAAUUGGUAGUUGUUUUUCAGGUGAUUUAAUAUCUGGUACAACUUAUACUGAACAAUAUAAUUAUCGUGUACUUAUGGAUAUAAUACUUUAUGCUGAAACAAAUGUUACAUUAAUUAUGCGUCGUAUGGGACAUUUAUAUGAUAAUUUAUAUGAUUUAUUUAAUCAAAAUUUUGCAAUAUCAGGAAAGAAAAAAUAUUGUCGAAUUGCACUUGGUGCUUUAUAUCAUCCACGUUGUCUUGUUAAUGAUGAUUUUUAUUGUGUUGUUUUUGUACGAAAAGAAGAUUUAGCAAAAUGUGAUCCACCAUUUCUUAAUCGUUUUGAAAAACAUAUUAUCGAUAUGAAAUCAUUGGUUCAUCAACGUCAUUCGUUAAUUACAGACAAUUUACUUACUGAACUUAUUGCUUUACUUCCAAGAAAUAUUAACAAAUAUUUUCCACUUUUACAACAUUUAUUUGUUGAUUAUAGUAAUGACUAUAUAUGUAAUUUAGUCAUUGAUGCAUUUGAUAAUUUAAAAAUUUCAGUUGAUGAUGAUAAUAAUACAGUUGACGUUAUUAAUUAUUGUAAAAAUAAAUUAAUUGGAACUAGUUCAUUUGAUUUACUAUUAAUACUUGCAUUACAAUCUAAUCAAUGUCAUCCUCUUAUAGAUCAAUAUUAUGAUAUACAUACAAAUUUAUCAUUUCAAACAAUUAUUAAACAAACAUUAAACGAAAAAGUCUUACCUAAUCAAGUUAUUUAUACAUAUACACAAAUUUAUCAUAUAAUUGAUUAUAAUACUGAUGAAAUUGAAGAAGUUAAAUUAAGUAUGUUUAAAAGUGAACUUGAAUUAACAAAUAAAAUAAAACAACAUUAUCAAACAAAAGAUAAUUAUCGUUUAUUAAUUAUUCGUGUUGAUUAUCAUCAAGAACAUGAACAUAUUUUAUUAUUAAAACAUAUUUUACUUAAUUCAAAAAUUCCAUCAACAAAUCGAAGUGUUUGGUUAAUAUUUCAUCUUCAACGUAAUAUGCUUAAUCAAACAACAAAUGAAGUUUUAUUUAAUGGUUGGUCAACAAUAAUGAUCAAUGAUUUAAAUGAACAUAAAUUAAUACCAAAAAACAUUUUACUUGAUCCAUCAUAUCUUAAUUUAGUUACUCAUCCAAAUUUUGUCUUAUCUGAAUCUAUGUUUGAUGAAAUAAUGGAUCGAUGUUUAACAAAAUUUCGUUAUACAGUUUCACAAAAAGAUCUCAUAACACAAAUAAAUAUUCGACGUAAUCAAAUUACUGAAUAUUUAACUAUAACUGUUAAAUCUCAAUCAUUACGUUUAAUAAUUCAAGAAAAUUUAUUAAAUCUAGUUAAAAAUAUAAAACUUAAUCGAUUUUUUGAUUGGCGUCAAGAUUUAUUAACAAAUGGUAUAUUAAUUGGAACAUGUCGUUCAUUUAAUGAUGCAUUACAAUCAACUAUUUCAAUAUAUUAUGAAAAUUAUCUUUUAUUAUUAUUUUAUCAUUUUGAAAAAUAUUCAUUAAUUGAUUCAUUUUUAUUUAUGAGUAAAAAUAAUAAUAAUGAUUUAUUAAAUAAAAUUUGGUUUGAUUGUUUAAUAUCAACAAUGAAAAAUAUUGAUAUAACAAUAAUGAAUGUUGAUGUUAUUGAAAUGCCAUUAAUAUUUAAUUUAUAUUUACCAUGUGCAAUUAUUGAAUAUGAUAUUAUUCGUUCAAUACGUGAAAUAAUUAUACAACGUCGUGAUGAUAAUAUUAAUGAUGAAGAUUUAAUGAAUAUUGCUAUUAAACAAUUACGUACAAAGAGUGUAUAUAAUGCAAAUAUUGAUAUUAUUUUUAAUGAUAAUGAUUUAUUUCGAUAUUAUUAUAGUGAUCAAUUAAUACUUGCACAAGAUGAAGCAAAAAUUUAUCAAUUAUCUUCAUUAUUUAUUAAAUGUUUACUUAUGACAAAUCAAACAAGAUCUAUUAUUGAUCGAUUAAAACAUUUACUUAUUGAUUAUAAUGAAUUAUUUGAAAUUUUAAGAUUAUUUGAAAUAAGUAAAAAAUUAAUUGAUGAAAAUGAUUUUAUCAAUGAAAUAUUUAAUCGACAAUUAAUUACUUUAGAUGAAACAGAUAUAAAAAUAAGUAAAAAUGAAAGUUUAUUUUAUAAUCUUAUUUUAACAGAUGAACAUUUUUGUUUAAUUUCACCAAAAUCUGAAAUAUCUAAUGAACAUAUAUUUCAAUGUGAAGGUGAUCCAUUUAUUGAAGUUAGUUUAAUGAAUUUAAUUGAACUUCUUAUUUCUCCAUCUAUUAUUGAUCGUGUUGAUAAUAUUGAACAAUUAACAACAACAUAUAGUCUUGUUGCUCAAGGUAUACUUGGUUUAACACAUUAUUCAGUAAAUAAUCUUGAAAAAUUACGUUCAUUUAUUAGUCUUAUUCGAUGUAUAACAACUUUAAUAUCAAGUAAUAAAGCAUUAGAUGUUUUUAAACAAGCAUGUCGUUAUGGUGGUUUUGAUGCAACAUUUAAAACAUGUGAUGAUAUACAUAGAUUUAUUGAGCUUUUACAACGAAUUAUUAGUACAAAUGAACCAAAUAUCAAUGAAACAGUUGUACAACGAACAUUACUUAAACUUGAAAGUGAAUUUUUAAAAAAUUGGCUUGUUGAUCAUACUGAUGAAUAUUUAGAUAUAAUUACAUUAAUGAGUAAAUCUAAUAAUAAUCUUUGGCAAUAUUCAGCAAAAAUUUUUACUUAUAUUGAUCGAAAACUUCAAUUAUUACUCAUGAUUCAAGAUUUUAAUGGACAAUUACCAUCGAUUGAAAAUUUUGAAAAAUUUGAUGAAGAUUUAUGUGAACUAAUUAAUAAAUAUCAACAAUUCGAUGAACAUUUACAAAAAUUAAAUGAUGUAUCACGAAAAAUUGAACAUAUUAUGAUAACUCGUAUUCAUAUGCAUCUUAUAUUAAGUGUUAAUAAUAAAGAAACUAUAGAAAAUAUACUUCAAGAACAUUUUAAUCAAUUUGAAGAAAAUAUACAAAUAAUACAAAAUAGAAAAAAACAUUAUGGUUUAACAUUAAUUAGUUUAAUUUCUUGGUUAAAAUAUUAUGCACAACUAUAUGCUUUUGUUCUUGUUAAUGAUAGUCAUCAUGCCAUAUUAGAAGAUAUUGAUAAAUUACUAACACGUGAUGAUUUUCUAUUUUGUUCAACUAUUAAAUUAUUUAUUAUAAAACAAUUAUGUCAAAUGUCAAGUAUUACACUUGAUGAUUUACGUGAUAUUAUAGUUAAUCGAAAUGUUACAUGGAUUCGACCAAUGAUUACUUUACCAACUGGUCAAAAAACAAAAGAAAUUCGACGUAUUCUUACUUUACCAACACCUUUAUUUGAAUGUUAUGAUGAAUUUCUUCGAGUUGAUCGUAUUCUAACACAUACUACGAAUAUUAAUGAAAUACGACAAUUAAUUAAUCAAUGUCAAACAAAACAAGAAACAUUCUAUUGUUUUAUUAUUUGGUUUAUUCAUUAUUAUGCACGUUUUUAUAUAAAUGAUGAUAUAUCAUUAAAAAAUAAUUAUUAUCAACAAUUAAUUGAAAAAGAUCUUAGUAAAGAUAUAAUUGAAUGUUUUGAUCUUCUUGGUUACAAAUUACUUGUUUUCUUAUGUACAAAUUUUAAUAAUUCAACUUAUUUUUGUUUAAAUUCAAAAAUGACAAUUGAUGAACUUCAUCAACGUUUAAUUGCAUUAAAUAUUAUUGCAUUAUUAUUAUCAUUUAAAACUUUACGAUAUACAUCUUAUUUAAGUAGUCUUCUAUUUGAUGGAAAUCUUAAAAUGCCACAAAAUUAUUCAACUCAUCUACAAACAUCAGUUUGUUUACCUGGUCUUAUAUCAAGUAAUCCAAUUAUUACACAAAUGAUUGAUGUACGUACAACUGUUAAAGAACGUUUAGAUCGAGGUCAAAUAUAUGAACAAGGAAAAUUUGUUUUUCAAUGUUCAAAAGAUUGUUUUUAUAUGUUUUAUUUUUUUAAUUGUGGUAUACCUGUUGAUCGUAGUAAAUGUCCAUUAUGUAAUAAAGAUAUUGGUGCAGCACAAUAUGGUGUUCUUAUUGAACGUAAUCCACCACAAAUUCGAAUGACUAUUGAUGAAGGUUUUCAAUUUAUUAAUAAUUAUAUUGAACAAUAUAAUAAAAAACCAAGAUAUGGUUAUCAUAAUCAAACACCAGCUAAACAUAGUAAUCAACAUGAAAAAUCUGAUCAUUUAAAUCGAUCAAUUUCAUAUCGUUUUAUGCAUAUGAUAACACAUGUAACUUUAUUAUUUCUUAAUGAAUUAUCUCUAUUACCAGGUUUGGAUCUUAAAAAUCCUUUACAUUUUAAAGAACAUUUUGAAAAAGAUUAUCAAUUACUUAGUCAACAAUUAAAUAAUAAUGAUCAAUGUUAUAUAUGGUUAUAUAAAAUAAUUAAUCAUAUGAUUAAUAAAGAUUUUAUUAUAAAAGGUUUUAUGAAUACAAAUGAAAAAGUUAUACAAAUAGAAAAACUUCUUGAAGAAAAACUUCUAUUUAAUCAUAUUGAAUCUAUUGCAAAUGAAAUUAAUCAAUAUAAAAUUUCAUAUAAUGAAUAUAUUGGACAACAAAAUCAAGAAAUAACAUUUGAAGAUUUUUUUGAUGAAAUUUCUCAAGAUGAAAAUAAAUAUCCUUUAUUAAAUUUUUUUAAUGUUACAAAUAUUUAUACAUCAAAUCCAAUAGAUGAAUUUCGUAUAAGACUUCAAACAAUUCCAUAUGGAGAUAAACUAUAUCCAAUAACAACAUUUUUAAUGAAACGUCUUUCAGAUUAUACUAAUAUUCAAUAUCUUUAUCCAAUUGUUGUAUUUACAAAUUAUCUUAUUGAAAAAUUUAAUCAUCGUAUUAAACGUAAUGAUGCAUCAGAAACAACAAUAUCAUAUUAUUUAACACAUGGUUCAGAUUGUGAAAUAAUAUCUCAACUUUAUAAUAACUUUAUUCAAGCUUGGUAUAAACUUAAUUUCAAUGAAUUACAAUAUGGUUGUCAACCAACUAAAUUUGAAUUAACAUUAUUAAAAGAAGAUUUUGCAACAAAUACAAAAAUUGCUAUGGUUUUAUUAAAUACAACUAAAGAUGAAAGUAGUAUUUUAUUAGCUGCAUGUUUACGAACAAUAGGUCAAUUACAAAAUGAUAUUGUUCAUUUUUUUCAUAAUAAAAUAGUUAAUGAUGCUAAUAAUAAUCGUUAUCAUCAAAAUGCUAUACCAAUACAAUCAAUUCGACCAGAACAUAUACUUCGUCUUGAUGCAGAUGUUAUUAGUACGAAAUUAAUAACUGAUGGUUUUACUAUUAAUUAUCAAUAUGGUAAAAGUCGAGAUAUUAUUUAUGAUUAUGAAGAAAUUGAAAUAACUUUAAGAAAUAUGAUUAGUUGUUUACCAUUAAUUGAUACAGAAAAAUUACGUUUUCUUAAUUAUCAAUUUGAACUUUAUAGUGAAAAUACAUCAUUAAUAAAUGAUGUUCGAACACGUAUUAAACAAGAGCCAUUAAAACAAAAUGAAAAAGUCAAAUUAAAAAAUUUAAUAAAUAGUAUGCAAAAUGAUGAUAUUCUUCAUUAUCUUGGUUCACUUGAUUAUGUAUUUACUUAUUUACGUAAUAUUGAUGAUGAAACAACAAAUGAUUCAUUAACAAUUCAAUCAUUUGCUGAAAAUUAUAUACGUUCAAGUGUUUGUCUUAAUGAUAAUGUUCUUCAGCGUCCACCAUUUGCAACAAUUAAUCUUAAAUAUAUAAUUGAUCUAUAUGAAUUAAUAGAAGAAAUUGCAUUUGAUAAAAUUUUACGUCAUUAUAUAAAACAAAAUUUAACUGAAGAAUCAUUUGCUAUUGAACAACGACAAACUUUAAUUAGGAAAUUUAGUGAUAUGACAUUUAAAAAAGAAACAAUUGCACCUUCACUUAAAAAUAUCGAUUCAUGGAUUGGUAUACUUAAACGUUUAAUGGUACGUGUUUUAUCAAAUAUUAAUGUUAGUCUUGAUGUACCUAUACAAAUUUAUCUUGAACGAACUGAUUUAUGGACAGGAAAUAUAAUUGAAUCUGAUAUACAAACAUUUGAAGUUAAUGAUGAAAUACUUCUACAACAUACUUAUAUACUUUUAAAAGGAUUAGAAUAUGAACGAGAUAAAUUAUUAUUAAAAAAUAUUAAACCAAUAGAUAUUGAAGAACAAUCAACAUUACAAAAACAAAAUGUAUUACAAAAUACCGAUACACAAUUAUUAAAAGUAAAAACUUGGCAUAAUGAUAGUAUUAGUAAUGCUAGUAUGAUGUCAAGAGUUAUUAAAAGUGAUAAAACUACAGUAAAAAAAAUGCGUGUUUAA